GUUUUGUCUCAGUGAAGCCCCAGGCGCUGGGAGAGGGAAAGUCGCAUCGAGAAGGAUUCUGCAUCCUUCAAAAGCGAGGCAGAUUCUCUAGAUCCGGUUCCUGCUGAGAAAGUCGUGGGAAGAGAUCCUGUGGAACAGCAGAACCAGCGCAUUUUGAUCCUGACUUGCUGUAAACCCACAAACAAAAUGGAAGCGCUAACGAAGAUGUUCUCGCUUGCUGGCAAAACCGCCGUGGUGACAGGCGGCAGUCGAGGCAUUGGGGCAGCCAUGGCUAUCGCUCUGGCUGAAGCUGGUGCAGAUAUCAUUCUCAUCCAGCGCGACGAAAAAAACAAGGACACAUACAACAAAAUCCAACAACUGGGAAGAAAGGCCACGAUAGUCACAGCUGAUCUGUCCGACCAGACGUCCGUCUCCAAGACCAUCCCGGACUUGGUGAAGGCCGGCCAUGAUAUGCACAUCCUGAUCACUUGCGCAGGGAUUCAAAAACGACAUCCUGCCCACCAGUUUCCUCUGGAUGACUGGAACGUGGUGCUACAAGUCAACCUUACAACGGUAUUUACGUUAUGCCGCGACUUCGGCGCCUAUCUCUUGUCCAAACCUGCCCCCACCUCACCGUCACAGUCACGGGGAGCAAUCAUCAAUGUAGCCUCUCUCUUGACCUUCCAGGGCGGCAUCACCGUGCCAGCGUACGCGGCGUCCAAGGGCGGCGUGGCUCAACUCACGAAAGCGCUUAGCAACGAGUGGGCGAAGGAGGGGAUCAGCGUCAACGCCAUUGCGCCGGGGUACAUCGAUACGGACAUGAAUGAGGCAUUGAUCGCAAAUGAGACUCGAGCGAGGCAGAUUCUCGAGAGGAUCCCCGCGGGACGAUGGGGGACGCCGGAGGACUUCAAGGGCGCCGUGGUGUUUUUGGCCAGCGACGCGAGUCGGUACGUGAGUGGUGAAAUCUUGACCAUCGAUGGAGGGUGGAUGGGACGGUGACGGAGAAACAACAGAAGAGGUUAGCUGCUCAAUUUUAUCUUUGUCUAGACCAUCCGAGGGGGUUUGAUUAGACCGCAAGAUGAUGUAUUCUCGUUCACUUCACGUCACGGCGCAAAGAGAGGGCAAAAGCCAGGGCAGAGAGGAUGUUGAAAUGAC